AAACCGCCGUAUUCAGCUACAGGCCGCGACGCACAGCUUGUGACGCAGUAUUUGUGCUGCCGGUGAAGCCAGCGAUAGUAACAUGGCUACCGGCGGCAAUGUGAGACCGGCUGAGGAGCCGGAGGAGGAAGAAGAGGAGGAUGAAGCUGCCGAAGAGGAGGAGGAAGAGGAGUAUACCUUCCUACCGCUGGUGCACGACAUCAUUAAAUGCAUGGACAAAGACAGCCAGGACGUGUACCAGGAGCUGAAUGAGUUAAAGAGCAAGUUCCAAGCCAUGCGCAAGCUGGUCGGCAACAUGCCCGGCAUCGACCUGAGCCCGGAGGAGCAACAGCGGCACCUCCAGAGCCUGAGGGAACAGGUACAGACCAAGAAUGAACUGCUCCAGAAGUACAAGAGCCUCUGCAUGUUUGAGAUACCCAAGGAAUAGCUGUACGGACUGUUGCACCCAGUGGGAGGUUCUGCCAAACCCAACAUGGCGCCCGGAACACUGGCCAACCAGAGUGUAUAAAUAUGGAGGGAUCCAUUGCAAUUCCUAAACUCGAUAUAGGGCAGUUGCCCUUGUACAUGACUUCUGGACUCAGGGCAAAUUCCUAAUGGAUGUUUUUUUCUAAACUGCUAUGUGGUUGCUAGGCUCAGUCCCUAUAGCAACCACGCAGUGGUGUGAAAGAUGAAUAGGAGAAGAUAAGGACAUAUUACCUCUAUCUACAACGUACUAAAUGUUUGUGUAAUGGUUAAAUUCCCCUUUAGUGUAAUACAUUCUUUUGUAAUGACAAUAUUUUUUGUUUUUUUUUUCAUUCAGGAUAUGAGUCUUUCCAUAAAGUUUAUUCCACCGAGCUAUUAA